AUGGCAACCAAGACCCUGGCGACAUGGGCACUUGCUCUUCAAUACAACAACAUCCCGUCAAAUUUUCAUGACAUUGCUGCCAAGAGCAUCUACAAUUGGGCAGGAUGCGCAAUCGGCGGGUGGCUUCAGCCAGCACCAGGCCUGGCCCACAGCGCAAUCGCGCCAUUUGUCUCGGACAACGGCAAUUCGACCAUCCUCGGCACCGGUGUCGUCGUCGACGCGCAGACGGCUGCGCUGAUCAAUGGCAUUGCGUCCCAUGCUGACGACUACGAUGAUACCCACCGAGACAAUCCAAUCCACCCGUCGGGGCCAGUGUUGUCUGCUCUUCUUGCGGUGGCGGAGUGGCAGGGUUCCGUUUCUGGGCCGGAGUUUCUGACGGCAUUUGUAGCUGGUGUGGAAGCAGAGUGCAAGUUGGGCAUUUCUGUUUACCCGGAACAUUACAAUGUAGGGUGCCACAUCGUUAGUACAGUUGGUUCUAUUGGCGCUGCUGUUGCAGUCAGCAAAUUACUUGAGCUCGAAGUUGAGGAGCUACAGAAAGCUAUUAGCAUUGCAUCUGUUCAAGUAACCGGCAUGCAUGACUUCUUCGGAACGGACACUAAGCCUUUCCACUUUCUGGACGAUGUCGCCCAAAACCCGACCGUUAUCGAGCUGCGGCGGAAAGUCCACGUCACCAGUGACGACACUGUCGAGGAGCAUGAGGCAUCUGUGUCUGCCACUUUCGCAGACGGUACAACACUAGAUGUACACGUCGAGCACACGAUUGGCAGUUACGAGAAUCCAUUUCCAGCCGAUCAAAUGAAGGCUAAAUUCCUGGACCAGGCUGGAACGGUAAUCGGAAGCACAAAAGCUGAAAAGGCAUGGGUGACAUUUUCAACCAUAGUCAUUGCGACCGAUGUCGCAGAGGCUGUCCGGCUGUCCAGGGUCUAA